AUGGCUGCGCUCGAUGAGAUCGACUCGCUUGAGAUCUUGGUGAUUGUUGAUAACGAGGUCGACCCCAUCUCUUCUUACCAACACCCGGACCUGCAGGUCGGUGGUCAGCUGCCAGAUGUGGCCCUUAGAGCGCCACUACCGGAGGGAAGCAGAGGCGGGGCCAAGUUCGAGAUCCGGCUUGACAAUGUUUGCUGUGGUGCCCAUGGGUUGUCAUUGAUGAUUACGUCAAAGAAGGGCGAGAAGCGCCAUACUGUCUUGUUCGACACUGCACCCGAAGAGCAUAUUUGGAAACUUAAUGCCACACGACUGAGAGCCCAGCUUGCGUCCGUCGAGUGGAUCCAACUUUCUCACUGGCAUCGUGACCAUUCAGGGGGAAUGUUGAAAGCAGUGUCCAUGAUCAAUGAGGCAAGAGGGACCACGGGCAUCCCUGUCGACCUUCACCCAAACCGACCAACAUACCGAGGAUUUCUGGGGCCUUUCGGUCCUGUUUCGCUUGAGAAAGACCCGACAUUCGAAGAAAUCGAGGCCGUCGGAGCCAAGGUGAUGAAGAACGAUCAGCCGCACACCAUUCUAGAGAGUAUGUUCCUUGUUUCUGGCGAGAUCCCGCGUGUCACUCCGUACGAGAAGGGUUUCCAGCGUGGGAUCAGAUUCAAUCAAGAGACAAACAGCUGGGAAAAUGACGAGCUGAUCUUGGACGAGCGCUUUCUCAUGUGCAAUGUAAAGGGCAAGGGGCUGGUGGUCUUCACAGGAUGUAGCCACGCUGGAGUGGUGAAUGUAGUCAAGCACGCCUUGCAGUUGGCUGGUGAGAAUGUUCCGCUAUAUGCAGUGAUAGGUGGCUACCACCUCGUUGGUCCAAACGAAGCAUGGAUCAAAGACACGGUGGCGGACCUUAAGGAGCUGGAUCCUCGGAUCCUGAUGCCUGGGCACUGUUCGGGAUGGAGGGCGAAAUACGAGAUCGAAAAGGUGAUGCCAGGAAGGCUGGCUCCGUCAACAGUAGGAACACGUUUUGUCCUAUAA